GCUCAGCUGCUGGCUGUCCUGGAGCGGAUCAUGGAGGAGUGCAUCCCCACGCAGCGGCACAGCCGUGACUACCUGGUCAAAUUCCCCGAGGAGCUCUUGGUGGACAACUUGGGGAACCACAUGCUGUUUGCUGCCGAGUGUCUCCUGGCUGGGACUUUCCUGGAGAUGGAGGAGUCAGAUGGGGCACAGCUGCGGCCCCAGGCCAGGAAUCUGCUGUGCAGCCUGGAGUUGGUCCGGACAGUGCUGCGGGAGCAAAGCCUGAGCCAACCCAACUCCUACCCAGAGCCUGUCCGUGCUGUGCUCAUCCAAUUCGACCAGCUAUUUGCAGAGUUUGAGCUGAGCUACGUGUCCUCACUGGUGGCAGUGAAGUCUCCUGAUGAGAUCUACAGGCAGCAGGAGAUCAUCGUGCUCUUCUGUGAGACAGUGGAGAGAGCCCUGCACCUGGGCUACCUGACCCAGGAGAUGAUUGAUGGCUACGAACCACUGCUGAUGUUCACCAUCCCUCGCCUGGCCAUUAUCAGCGGUCUCCUCAUCUACCCCGAGGGUCCCCUCAGCCUGGAGCGGAGACCUGAGGAGAUGUCCCGAGUCUUCAGCCCCUUCUACAACCUCCUGAAGAAGAUCAGGGACCUGUUGUGGGUGCUGUCAGCAGAGGAGCUCUGCCUGCUGGAGAGGAGCCUGUGCACAGCUGAACAGGAGGAUCCCUGCAGUCCAGACACCCCUCCAGCUUGGGGGGGAGCUGUGCCCAGUGUGGACACCCCUGCUCCUUUCAGUCUUCUGGAGGUCCCUAAUGCCACCCAGCCACCCUCCACCUGCACGACACAACUGGGACCCCCUAGUGUAGUGGAUGACCUUGGCACUGACUGGCAUCAGGAGUGUGCAGUGGGCAGGGAUCAGGGCCAAAAUGGCAAAUCCCUGUCCACUGGGACAGGGAUAUCUGAUACCAUCCCUGGUGUAAUGGUCACCUCCCCCCUGCACAGCCCCCAGCCCCUUCGGAGUGGCCCAGGGAUGGGGUUCCAUGCCACUCCAGGUGCCCGCUGCUCAGAGCUUCGCGCCCGCUGCUCGGAGCUGCGUUCCCGCUACAGCAGCACCAAGGAUAUGCUGCACACCCUCUUCGUCUGCAUCUCGGGGGUGGCUGAUCAGCUUCAGACCAACUUUGCCAGUGACAUGAGAAGCAUCUUGAAAACGGUCUUCAAGAUCGUGUGCUCGAAGGCGGAGCCCUCAGAGGAGCAGAGUGGCAGCAAAGAGAAAGAUGGUGACUCCUGUGUGACACAUGCUUCUCGCGUGGCUGACUGCCCACUGUGCUUCAGGCCUGCAGAGGCUACCGGGAGGGCAGGUGCCCGCCACCUGCCUGAGUGGGUGCCGGACAGCACAUGCAGCCAGUGCUCUGCCUGCCGCUCGCCCUUCACCCUGCUACGCCGCCGGCACCACUGCCGCAGCUGUGGGAAGAUCUUCUGUGCCCACUGCUCACCGAAUACCGCAGUGCUGCCCCACUAUAGCCAGACCAAACCCGUACGUGUCUGCACCCACUGCUACAUCACACACCUCCCGCCCAUGUCCCGCUGUGCCCGGAGCCAGUGAGAGCCCUUUGCCAGACCUGCUUCAUAGGAGGCUGCACAACAGGGUGCCCAGGGCCGCUUCGGGGCUGCUGGGCAGCACCUCGGCCCCGUGACUCUCCUCAGAGCUUGGUGGGCAUGGCGGCAGGACCCCCCCACGUGGUGUUAGGCCUCCCCCGAUGCACAGGGGCAGGACCCCACACACGGUGGCAGCCCAUACGGAGUGAUGGUGGGCGCAGGACCACCUCUCCUGGUGCACCGUGGCCUGCU